UCGCCGCCAGGGCCGUAGUCACUUCCUGCCCCCGUGCCCAUCCGUCUCCGGGGUCAGCGGCCGCCGCUCUGGCGGGACAGCGGUGAGUAAAGUUUAAUUCGGGGAGGGAGAAGCCGCCCGUCCUCUCCAGCAGAAGCGAGCUGCUGGAUGUAGAAAAAAAGUGGGUCGUGCGCACGGAAAAUGCCUUUAAGGGACAAGUGUUGUCAGACUGACCACCAUCACCAUGGAUGCUGUGAGCCAGUACAUCUGUUGGAACCUGGUGAUCCUCCGUUACUGCAGCAGCCUCUGCAGACAUCAAAAUCUGGUAUUCAGCAAAUCAUUGAGUGUUUUCGAUCAGGAACGAAACAACUUAAACAUAUCUUGUUAAAAGAUGUGGACACCAUUUUUGAGUGUAAAUUGUGCCGGAGUCUCUUCAGAGGAUUACCAAAUUUAAUUACUCAUAAAAAGUUUUAUUGUCCUCCAAGUCUCCAGAUGGAUGAUAACCUCCCAGAUAUAAAAGAUAAGCAGAGUCAAGCCAUAAAUAACCUUCUUGAAGCCAUCUAUCCACGGGUAGAUAAGCAAGAAUAUGUGAUUACAUUGGAACCUAUAGAAACUAAUCAAAAUGCUGUAUUUCAAUAUGUGUCAAGGACUGAUAGCCCAGAUGAGAACACAGAAAGUAGCCAUUCCCCUGAUCAAGCUGCAGUACAGAUACAGGAACCCAGCACUGAGCAACCCAAGACUGUUUCAGCUCCAGCACCAGUCCCAGCUGGGGAGACAGUAGAAUUACCUCCUGCUGAUCCUGUUACAAACAAGGUGAUACCUACUCCUGAAGAACAGCCUCCAGCAGUAAAUCCUGAGUUGGACUCUCUGGAUAAUUCUGAUUAUGGCCACCAGUUGAUUUGUUGCCUUUGUAGGAAAGAAUUUCAUUCAAGACGCAGUGUACGCCGGCACAUUCGAAAAGUGCACAAAAAAAAGAUGGAAGAGCUAAAGAAGUACAUAGAAACAAAAAAGAAACCAAACCAAUGCUCUGCAAAAGGACGAAAUAAGAAUGUUCUUGUAGCAUUAGGUAGAAGUUGUCCUGUAUGUUAUAAAUCAUUUGCUACAAAAGCCAACGUAAGGAGGCAUUUUGAUGAAGUUCAUAGAGGAUUAAGGAGGGAUUCCAUUACUCCUGAUAUAGCUACCAAGCCUGGGCAACCUUUGUUCUUGGAUACAGCUUCUGCUAAAAAAUCAUUUAAGACCCGAAAACAAAAGUCAUCUGCAAAGGCUGAAUACAAUUUAACUGCGUGCAAGUGCCUUCUGUGCAAGAGAAAAUAUAGUUCACAAAUAAUGCUGAAAAAACACAUGCAAAUUGUUCACAAGAUAACUCUUUCUGGAAAGAACUCUAAAAGAGAGAAAGGACCCAACAAUACUGCCAAUGGCACAGAAAUAAAAGUUGAAUCAGCAGAUUCUGUAGAACCUUCACCCCCUUCCAUUGCUCUUUCUCCACAGCAUGAAUUAAAGGGAACAAAUCAUUCAAAUGAGAAAAAGAACACACCAUCAGCACAGAAAAAUAAAGUUAAACAAGACCCUGAAAACCCUAAAUCAACUUCUAAAUCAACCACUAAAUCAACCUGCAAAUCAACCACUAAAUCAACCUCUAAAUCAACCAAUGCAUCUGCUGCAGGUGGCCAGCAAAAAAACAGGAAGCCAAAACUUUCAGCUGGCUUUGACUUCAAGCAGCUUUACUGUAAACUCUGUAAACGCCAAUUUACUUCUAAACAGAACUUGACAAAACAUAUUGAAUUACACACAGAUGGAAAUAAUAUUUAUGUUAAAUACUACAGGUGUCCACUCUGCUCUUACGAAACGCGUCGCAAACGUGAUGUGAUAAGGCAUAUAACUGUGGUUCAUAAAAAGUCACCACGUUACCUUGGGAAAAUAACUGCAAGUUUAGAAAUUAGGGCAAUUAAGAAGCCAAUUGAUCUUGUUCUAAAUAAGGUGACAAAAAGGGGCCCUCAGAGGGAUGAAACAAAACAGAUUGGUUCAAAACAGGAUGUCACCUCUAAUUCUCCCAAUAAAAAGUAUGAAGGAGCUGAUGUUGGCAUUGAAGUAAAAGUAACAAAAAACUUUUCUCUGCACCGAUGCAAUAAAUGUGGGAAAGCAUUUGCCAGAAAAGCUUUUCUAGAACAUCAUAAGAAAACUCACAAAGCAAAUGUAUCCCAUUCACCUGAGGAAAAUAAAACCAAAGGCAGAAGUACAAGAUCUAAAGCUGUUGUCUGAUAGGUUCAAGUGAUGUUUGGAAAGUUUGAACUACACUUGAAUGAAAAAGACUUUUUAAUUUGUUUUGGAACGGCUCAUUCUUGGUAAUGGUACUAUAAGGAGGAAGUAUUUUCAUAAGCUGUUUUUUUUUCUUACUAUAUUAGUAACCACUCUGACUGCCUGUAGGACAGUGCCACCUCCCAAAGCACUGACGUAGUUGAAAUGCACAUGUAUCGAAAUUAGCAGUUAUCUCUAUGCAGUUGUGGUUUGACACAGGAUAGAAAAAACUUUCCGAAAUUACAGAAAAGUACACCAGAGGCAAGUCAAUGAACAGCAGCUUUGGAAGAAGGUUUUUGUUCCUCAUUUAGGAAAUCAUCUUCAGAAAGCUUAUCAUCCAUACUUGGUUCUUCCUGGUAGUGCUAAUUGAUGGACAGCUCAAGCUUUGUGAUAUCCUACUUUGGUAAAUGUUGUGUUAUAUACUGUUUUAAAUUUAUUACAAAUGAAUGUAUAAGAGCAAACAAUGUAGUGUAUAUUGGCUGAAUUGUACUAAUUUUUAGUAUUUGCCAUAACAUCAGUUUGUUCAUAUUGACUAAUUUCCCAGUUCUGGGGCAUGCUGAAUUUUAUGUGCUGAAGUAAGUUCAAAGAUCUUCAUGUUUCCAUAUGUGGUUCGUAGGAAAACUUUGUAAACAUCUGGGAAGUUUACAAGAAUAUCCACAUUCCUCUAUUCUUUAAUUUUUAAAAAAAAAAAUUAUACAGAAGCACUUUAAUGAUAGUUGCAGUUUAUUUUUUCAGUUUAUUUUUGAAAGAUCAA